CUGAGACGCCGCCCUGUUAUUAGAACUCGAAGAAUGGCAACUCAAGUGAGGGUUGUGUUGCAUUUGUUAUUGCUGCAUAUAUUUGCUGGUAAGAAGGCAGGCCCAGUGUGUGUAGAGGUGGAUCCUGAAACAGAGGCCGUCAAAGGGGAGUUUAUGAAGCUGAAAUGUGUCUACUGCAUGAAACGGGAGGAGAUCAGCGCCACGACCACGGUGGAAUGGUACUACAUUGGCCCAGAUAAAAGAGAAGUACUUAUCUAUGAGUACUACGAUGAGCCACGGGAGCCGCAAAACGUAGAGGAUUACUGGAAGGGUCGCCUGGUGUGGAAUGGCAGUAAAGACAUGCAGGACAUUUCUAUUGGCAUCCUAAAUGUCACAUUAAAUGACACUGGCACAUAUAAAUGCAUGGCAGUACGCCUCUAUAAGUAUACUUUUUUCAAGUCUACUGGCACAUGGAAAGUCACCAUCGAUCUAAAGGUAAAAGAGAGAGCGAGUCAAGACAUUACAGCCCUGUAUUCACAGAUUAUGAUGUAUGUGCUCCUGGUGUUCCUCACCUUCUGGUUGCUGGUGGAGAUGAUCUACUGCUACAGGAAGAUCUCCAAAUCUGAUGACCAGGCUCAGGAUAAUGCCACAGACUACUUGGCCAUUCCUUCUGAAAAUAAAGAAAACCCGGGCCCUGCCGUAACGGAGUAAAAGUCUUACACUAUAACGGUACUGACAGGAAAGAAUGGAGAAAAGAAGUUGAUCUUAUUCACAGACCCCCAGAGCUGUUUCGAGAAACCAGGAAAUCUGCCAAAUCGAAUCCCUCUUGUCUUGAUCGCGUGCCGUGUGAAAGCAGCCGGUACAUUAUCUGCCACUGUCUCAAUGGAGGUCAGCUGUAACACGUGACGUAACUGACGGGGACAUGUACUGCAUGUGUAUGUUAUUAACUUUUGCCUUAGCAGAGACAUGAAUACAGCAAACUAGAGCUGAAGAGCUGUCAAACUGCCUAUAAACGCACUUUUCUUAAUCAAACGUCAAUCAUAGUUGCCCAAAAUAAGCCUGUUCCUCCAUGGUAUAUGCUGUUCUUAGUCUUUUAAAAGAAGUAGAUAAAUAAUAAGUCUAGAUUAUGAAUAGACUUGGUUUUUAUUGUCAUGUGUUUUCUAUAAAAGGAAUCUUAUUAUAGUGUUUUUAUUAUUGUUUUUUUAUUUUUUUAUUAAUAGGUUUUAUGUCACUCAGCUUUGCCACUUUGGAAUAAAUUAUAAUGUAAAACUGUAAGGCAAACAACUUUAAUGAGGUCAUAUUGAGUAUAGCGGUGAAAGCUUUUUGUGCGAUUGGAAGCAAAUGAUGUGACCUGUGUUUACAGUCGGCCAUCGCUGACAUUUGUAUUUUGAAUUUGCAAAUUUAAUGCAAGAGCUUUUAGACACUUGAGAUUACGUUUACACAAAUAUUGCUAGAUUGAAUGCCAUAAUUAUAACAUUAUUCGACUGGUUGUUUUUUUUCAACUGCCUCAUUGCGAUGUGUUGUAUUGCUCAGUAAUGUCUUGCUACAUCAGCAAGACAUAUUAGAGCAUCAUGUUCAAUUUAUUACUACUUACAUUUAAAUAACAAUUGUGUAUAUUUGGACUGCAUCAAAGUGUUAUCCUGAUAAACCCUAAAAACAUCACUAAAUUCUGCUGGUUUGCUCUGUGUUUGCAUUUCCUUAAUAGCGUUAAUAAUUCAUAGGAUCUAGAUAUUUGCCAUUAAUAGGACUGUAGAGCCGGCUUUUUUCGCUGUUAACAUUGCCUUUUGAAUUGUUCAGGCCAUUGCGAUCAAAGUAAAAAAUCAGUUUGUUCUGCCUUGUUAAACUGGAACUACUCAUCAUUUGUAAGAGCAUCCAAUGUACUAUUAAACCAAGGCAAUGCAUUCCAAAAAGUGUGACUGUUUAUUGUUUAGGGACCCUAACCCUGAACACUUAGAGGACAUGUGGGUCCAAAAGGGAAACUCACAUUAUUUUCAAUUUAAGUAAAAAACAUCUUGAACGAUAUUGAAUACAAAAGACAUCUAUCACAGUCCAGUAAAUAGUUUUGUCAAUAUCCGACA